GUUGUCUCAACGUGGGGGAGGGCAACGCGCGCCAAAUCGCGAGGGGCUCGUCGACGAGGGGCGAGCGGUGAAACUUGGCCGUGGUCCGGGAUUCGAACUCAGGCGGCUGGGUUCAAAGCGCCAGCCCCGAUAUAACUACCCCGCCCCGUCAAUUACGAAUCGAUUAGUUUUCACAACCAAAUUUGUACGCUUCGAUUUAACUGCUCCGCUCCUCACGGGAAUCGAUAACGUUCAGUUUUUAGUUUCGGAAUCGAUUACACCGUUCUACGCUCACGCCCCACGCAAGAAUCGUUUCCGCGUGACUGUCACGUGAUGAUCGCGAAUCGAUUCAGCCGUCCCUCACGGCACCUCGCUCGAGCGGCAGCUGCUGCUUUGCCCGUCGACGCGCUCCGGUGCCGGUGAAGAAGAAGAAUAAUAGUUUGCGUGGCGCUCACGCGCGUUAUUUGACCAUACUUCACCACGCCGGUGAAGUCUCCCGCUGCGUCUGCCGCGCGGGUUAUUUCCCGACCAAACUACCAACGCCGCACCGGUUCGCGCCCGUUGGGGGGGAAGGCGGAAUGACAAAACAACGAUUACAUCUCAUCGUGAUCUGAAGCUUUCGUGACUGCAGGAAUCCAUACUCUUUGGUUCUUUCCGUUAAAGUCUAUUGACAACCGCCGGAUCUUAAAACAAACAAAAAACCCCACCCAACCUUUCAAAUUCUAGUCGGAAGUCGACACAAUUCCAUCGAUCAUCGACUCGAUCGAUUGAUUCACUCCGUUGUAUUAACUCCCCGAUGAUGGUGGUGGUGACGAUGUCUCUGGCCUGGAACUCGCUGUGGCUGCUUCUGCUGCUUCUGAUGCUGCUGAUUCUGUCGAGAAGUCUAAGCAACCGCACCUUGUUGGCCGGCGGGGCCGCGGCCGCCUUUGUGUCCCUGUGCGGCCUACAGAGCUUGCGCUUUGAGCCCGUGUGCCGUCAGAGGGCCCUGCAGGUGCUGAGGCCACGGUUGGGCCCAGGGUCCACGAAGGCCGAGGCCGGGUCGCGUCUCCUUGGCCGUGCCGUGGCCCAUCGCGCUGGAGGUCACGACGCACCGGAGAACACCGUGGCGGCAGUGCGCAAGGCAGCCACCAAUGGCGCGCAGGCUGUGGAGCUGGACAUGGCGUUCACAGAGGACGGAGUGGCAGUGCUCAUGCACGACGACACGGUGGACCGCACCACGGAUGGCAGCGGCCCCAUCGGCGCCAUGUCGCUGGCCAACCUGCGUAACCUCGACGCCUCUGCCUACCAUCGCCUCCGCGAGCAGUUCAAGGGCGAGAGGGUGCCCACCCUGGAGGAGGCCGUGGACGAGUGUCUCCAGUUGAACCUCAUCAUUUACUUCGAUGUGAAGGGCGACGCCGAAAAGUCGUCUACGGUGCUCAAACAAAUCUACGAAUCCCGGCCGGAACUCUACAACAAGAGCAUCGUCUGCUCCUUUGACCCCAGGGUCAUUUAUAUGAUGCGGCAGAAGGACGUCGCGGUGGUGACGGCGCUGACGCACCGGCCGUGGGUCUUGAGCCACACGCUGGAGGGAGAGCGCUUGCACCUGGGAUGGUUUCGCCACCGCUGGGCGAUGCUGAUGGACGUGGCACUGGCUUGGAGUCUCCACAACUUCCUGUGGCAACUGUGUGGCAUCUCCGCUGUCCUCAUGCACAAGAGCGUCAUAUCGCAGGACUACGUGCAGUGGUGGCAGGAGCGCGAUGUGAGCGUGGUGGGCUGGACCGUGAACACAGCCGCGGAGAAGGCUUACUACGAGAAUGUUCUCGACUGCAACUACAUCACCGACAGCCUCGAGGGCGACGCGUGACGCCGAACUCCGACCCCCCCCCCCCCCAAUCCAUCCACACCAAACACGUAUAUUCAUGGACUUUUGAGGCUUCCGAUAUCUCGAAUUGAAUGUGUAAUUUGCCAAGCUGGUGAUAGAAGGGCAGGGCUGCGGUGUUUUUAUUUUAAUGGCAGGUAAUUUGUUAAUCCUAACUUGCUCGCUGUGUAACUUAGGUAAAAUUUGCAAACGACAGCCGUUUUAAUGGCUGCAGUUGCUUUUGCUAUCCAGUAGGGAUCGUGUAUGUUUUAAAACUUUAAACUCAAAACGGUUUUAUCAGACAGGGCAGUUAUUAAUUUAACAUGGAUUGAACACAACGUAAAUAAACUUUUUCUGUGAUAAUUUUAACGGAGACAUUUGACAGCGAUUCACAUUCUGCCAAAACGUUUCCUUCGCCCGUUAGAUCUUUGGAUAAAAGGUGCACGUGUUUCCGUUGCCUACAAUCGGGUGAAACGCCAGGAUGGUUGUUUCAGCCGUUUGCAUAAGCAAUUAAAUCCUCGACGUUGAAUAAUUUUAUAUCACACGGAAAGGGCACCACAAAGGAUCUCUGAUCUUCAACUCAAAUUCACAUCAUCCGGCAAAAAAAAAGUUUCCUUAAGUAGUACCUACAAAAAAAACCCGUGUCCAGUUCCCGAUUCUCUCACAAAGGACGCCCAAUGUAGCCGUCCGAUGUGUUUUCGCGGUUGGACCGUGUGUAUUUUGGCGUGAUGUCCGACGUUUCGCUCUGCGAGCUUCAGCAGCUGCUUAACUGAAGAACCCAAAAACAUAUCGGAGAGCUGCACAGCGCAUACCGCGACCGCUUACGCUGCGGAACUCCUCAAACUAUGGUGAAUGCUGCGGAACACCAGGUGCGUCUUCUGAACAUCAAAACUCGCUACGAAUUGGGACGCGUUGUGCAAUCCCGAUUGUUUGGAGUGGCUCCCGAUUGUUUUGCGUAUUUUACAACGUCAUUGCAAGUCUGUGGGUUUUGAUUAUCUCCCGCGAAUAUACAUUUUUUAUUGUUAAGUAAUUUUGUUAUCGAAGUCGUUUUUCUCAGGUUGCGGCAGUCAUUGCAUGGUAGUCACUUGAGAACCACUGCUACGUGACUGAGUAUAACAGCUUGGGCUGUUGAGUUAUACAUAUCUCAUCAUCAUCGGAGCAGUAUUUACAGGGAUGAAUUGGGUUUAGUGUAUACAUUGAUGCAUGUGCCCAUGCCUAGCUCCUUGUUAUGGCAAAAAUAAAAGCACACAACUAUAAUUUUAUCAUAUUCUCUGUGGUGGUAUGCAUGAUUUUACGACUAUUUAGAUUUAGUGGGAUACUUUACUGAACUACUGAAGGAAAUAAAACAAGUUCAAUUAAAUAAUUUUAAACAAAAUGUUGUAAAAUGUAGUUUGUAAAACUCUUAACUUUAGAGAUAUUACACAGGGCUUGUUGACAUGGUCUGUACGGCUAAAGGGAUGGAUGGGGCUUCAAGCGAUUGACCCAGGUGCUUUGCAGAACGAAAAGCGUCACUUUUACGCAACUGUCGACUCUUCUUAGCAAUUACCGAGAUGAAAAUGAAUGGUGGCAGAAAAACCCACUUAUCAAAACCAGUUUAUUAAAAUAUACAAUGUUGUGACCCUA